UGAAGAAUCGGAAAGUGACAUUUAUGUGCGAUUCAUGAGGUCACACAAGUGUUAUGACAUUGUUCCAACAAGCUCUAAGCUUGUUGUUUUCGACACUACGCUACAAGUAAAGAAAGCCUUUUUUGCCUUGGUGGCAAAUGGUGUGAGAGCAGCUCCACUGUGGGAGAGUAAAAAACAGAGUUUUGUAGGAAUGUUAACAAUUACAGAUUUCAUUAACAUACUGCAUAGAUACUAUAAGUCUCCAAUGGUUCAGAUUUAUGAACUGGAGGAGCACAAGAUAGAAACCUGGAGGGAGCUCUAUUUACAAGAGACGUUUAAACCUUUAGUGAACAUCUCCCCAGAUGCAAGCCUUUUUGAUGCUGUAUAUUCAUUGAUCAAAAACAAAAUCCACAGAUUGCCAGUUAUAGAUCCCGUCAGUGGAAAUGCACUUUAUAUACUUACCCAUAAAAGAAUCCUCAAGUUCCUCCAGCUUUUUAUGUCAGAGAUGCCAAAGCCUGCCUUUAUGAAGAAGAAUCUGGAUGAACUUGGAAUAGGAACGUACCACAACAUUGCCUUCAUACAUCCAGACACUCCUAUCAUUAAAGCCUUGAAUAUAUUUGUAGAGAGAAGGAUAUCGGCAUUACCUGUUGUGGAUGAGUCGGGAAAAGUUGUAGAUAUUUAUUCCAAAUUUGAUGUAAUAAAUCUUGCUGCUGAAAAAACAUAUAAUAACCUAGAUAUCACGGUGACGCAAGCCCUACAGCACCGUUCUCAGUAUUUUGAAGGUGUUGUAAAGUGUAGUAUGCUGGAAACACUGGAGACCAUUGUGGAUAGGAUAGUGAAGGCUGAGGUUCAUCGUUUGGUGGUAGUGAAUGAAGCUGAUAGCAUCGUGGGUAUCAUCUCCCUUUCUGACAUCCUACAAGCUUUGGUACUCACACCAGCAGGUGCCAAACAAAAGGAGAACGAAAGUGAAUGACUGCUGUGAAUGUACACGCGAUUGUAGGAGAACUUGAACAAAGUUUCUGGGUCAAGUUUGUCUCAAGAACAGUGACUGCAACAGAACAGAGCAGGAUGGUUGAGAAUGUGUAUUGGGACUUAGUGAUGGAUGCCGAGUCUAUUCCCCCCCAGUGAUGUCGCAAAAAAAGCAGCAUGACAAAAGCUUAUUUUAAAAUGUAGGCUUGUAUUUCAAAAUGUCUUCAAAACAUUUGCUGGAAGACUUCACAUGAUGUCCUUCAUUAAAAUGCACUGUAUUCUGAAACUUUUUCAUUUUGUAUUUGACAGAAGUCACUGGUCAGCAAUGGAUAUAUGUGACAUAAGGCAAGUGUAUGGCAUAUUCAUAUCAUAGUGCCUUAUGUCAAAAUACAGCAAUAUGUCAUCACUGUUGCCCAUCACUGUCAAAGGAAGUAUUGUGCUAAACGAGACACUGUAUUUGAAUGUGAAAGUCUUUAAACCUAAAACCAAAUCAGUUUCAGUUCUCAUUAGAUUUGUCAUAAAAGCUGUAAUUUGAAUAUCGGUAGACUUCUUUAAAACUUUAAUGACAGUUUUGUGUUAAAUGUUGCAUUCUGAACUGAGAUGUAAAACAAGACUGAUUUUAAAAACAGCUUUAUUUAUUUUUACUUUCAUGACAAUUUUUUACACAUCUUUGGUGGAUAGCUGAAAUUUCACCAUAUCCAUUAAUAAACUGUUGAUUGUUAUACAAACAAGUGGUAGAUUUUCUCAUUAUUUAAGGCUUUGGAGUAGCAGAAGCUGUGGCCUGUCCAUCAGUCCAUAUUACCUGAGCUGAAGAUUCCAGAGGCAUGGGUCAGAAGUGCUCUGUACUGUAAUACACAGGUGCCAUGAAGGAAAUGAGGUGCCAGAGGACAAUAUUUUCAUCUGUAUUGAAGUGUAAACUGAUAAUUGUAUUACAACCCCAAAACUUUAUUGUAUAUAAUUUGUACAGGAGUGGUGGAGUGAGGAAAGCUGUGGGGUGUUUGCUAAUGUAAAUGUACUGUACAGUUUGAAGAUGAGACUUUUAUAAUUGUAGAUUCUUGAAGAUGGAAGAAAUUAAACCCUACAACAUCA